AUGUCCUCCCCGGCUAUACUUGCGGAGGAUCAGCUAGCCAAUGAAUUUGAUUGCACAAAUAUCAGCUCUUCAGACCAUUUUUUUAAAUUCUGUUAUCUUCAAGAUAUCCUUGCUAAUGACAAUAUACCUAGUAACUUUGUCUUACUUGAGCGUGACUGCGUUGCCUGGCAGUCUUGCUACACUUCCACUAUUUACGCUGGUAAUCCAGCUAUCCCUCUGCACCAACUGGGUUACAACAUGCUUGCACCACUGGAACACUCAUUUUUGAGUAGGCCGUACAGUCUCCCAUUGACUGACAUCAAUGAGGAAGAGGACUAUCCUCUUCCCAACACCUAUCUAUCUUGCUUUCUCAGCGAGAAAAACACCACCACCAUCCCUACAUUGUAUAAUUAUUCUUUGGCUGCAAACAAAGUCUUUCAGGCAGAACAUGAUUACAAUGUCAAUAUCCUGUGGACUGAGAAGGGAAGGGAACAAGCAGUGAAGGGCCAUGUAGCAACAGACACUAAUGACUUGCAAACACAACUUCAGUCUCUGUAUCAAGACAGUGUAAAGGCUACAUGUGAGAUGUACCUGAGGAUCCCAGCAAAUAUCAUUUUGGGCCAAUCACUCAAUAUUUGCAACUCAGACGACUCCCUCAUGGUCUUUGUUUGCACAUCCCUCCUUGCCUAUAUCUGCUCAUCACUACAGCAAAAGCUCCUGGCUGCAUUUGAGAAUAAUCAGCUGCUUACUGAGAAGCCUGGUCAACAUGAUGAGGAUGACAUAUUUGAGGCGCUACACUUUUCCUGGUACAACCGUCACUGCACAAGAGGAGAUGAUGCUCCAACUGAAAUUUUGCCUCUCAUGUUAGAGAGGGAAGAUGGACGUUGUACCAACUAUUCCCAGAUGAUCCCUUACCUGUCCAAGGAAAUCAAAGAUCACAGCACUAUUUACCAGACUAUCAAAGUUGUCUUUGCAGACCUAUUCUAUUGGAUCCAUGAUGUGAUUGAGCUCCAGCUGCCUGAGGAGUAUGAGCUAUUGGCUGAAGUUGCAUCAAUUUUUCCUGGCAAUAACUCAUCUCCAAUAUUCCCCUUCCUUUCACCGGUGAUUAACCUCAAUGUCUCUACCAAAGGUCAUUGA